CGGCUCACAGGUAAAAAAAAUGACGUCACACGGAUGGUAACUCUAGGAAGGAAGGAGGCAAACACGUACAGAUUUUAAUGAAGUUUUUUAUGGGAUUACAAGUUACACCCAACACAUUGAACAGCCCUGCGGUGAUUUAAGUACGUUUUAGGCAUGUGUGGCUUUGAUAAAGAGAAGGGGCCGGGUUGGCUCAUGAAGAAGGGGCUCAUUCUCAUCCUGGUCGGCCACAUCAACUUCAUCCUGGGAGCCAUCGUGCAUGGCAGCGUCCUGCGGCACAUUUCCAAACCCAACAACGAGAUCACCACAGAAUUCACGGCAGCCAACAUCAUAUCCGUGACCUCAGCACUGCUGAGCAUCGCCUCUGGAAUCAUCGCGAUAUUGGUGUCAAGAAAUGUGCCAGUUCGGAAACUGCACAUAGGUCUGGUGGUCAGCUCUCUGCUGAAUGCGCUGCUGUCUGCGGCGUGUUGCGUGGGGCUGCUGAUAGCCAUCAGUGUGACUGUGUCAGGAGACGGAGCUGGACUGAUGAAGGGCUGCAAGAACGCCAGCGAGGUGCCAAUCAACGCCCGCACACCCAUCUUUGUGGAAUGCCCCUUCGACACCACACGCAUCUAUGACACCACGAUGGCCCUCUGGUUUCCCAUGCUGUUCCUGGCGGCCCUGGAGGUCGCCUUGUCCGUCUGGUGCUUCGUCAUCGGACUGACCCUCGGAGGCAUUGGGCCCUGCGCUCGCAUAUACAGACUACAGUAUGGGGAUGAGGCGGAGGCUUUCACACCCAGCAGAAGGCCAGAAGGGACCACCGCCCAGGCAUAGACAACGACCCUGGACAAUGGGCAGGAGUGGGAUGAUGAUGAUGAUGAGCACACUAAUCCUGACUGCUCCACACCAUCCUGGACUACCAUCCUUGUAUGAGGUGUUUAUAAUCUCAGUGCUGAGGCAGGUUCUCCUACUGUCUCAGAAGUGCCAUCAUGUGUCCCGUCACAUUUUAAACAUUUUAUGAAAUAUUUUUUAUCUGUAGAAGAAAUGUUUAUUAUAACAGCAGUUUUGUAUUAAUAUGCUGGGACAAGAUAUGUCAUAUUACACAGCAGAAGCAUACCUGCCUCUCAGUAAAGGGGUAAAGUAUUAUGCAGUACACAGAGCUCAAGAUUCCAUAAACUACCCAAUUUACUGUUGAUGUGAAAACCCUCCACUGUUCUGAAACAUUUCUUAAGUUAAUGGACAGCUGUUUGUCUGACAGCUCUCCACAUGGCCAGCCUUGCCUCCUGAGGUCUAAAGUGCAUUAAAUCAGCCCUGCACAUCAGUGGUGAUGUGGGGAAGAGAGAGGGGGACGGGGGGGGGGGGGGGGGACGCGGACCAGCUUUGGGGGUUGGAGGUGGAGGGUUUUAGGCAAGCUUUUCCAAUCUAGCCCUCCCAUGUUAAUCCUUAAGCGCUGAAAGGCCAAAAUAAAUAUUGACAUAAGGAUGCGACUGACUGUCAAAACAAAGGGAUUUCUCCAGGCCAGGGAACUUAAUGCCCUCCCAUACACUCCACGCCCUACCAUACACUGUCUGCGCAAGGCCACCCGAGAGCCUUUUGGGUGCCCUCUGGACAUAACUGAAGGAAAUCAACAUAAUUACAUGUGUAUUUUAUGAAGACCGUGCAUUUCAUUUAAGUUUUUGUAUUGUGAUUUUAUAUGUUAAAUAUCUGAAAAUUAAGUACUGUAUUCUGAAAUCUGAUUUUGCUUCAGUGGGCAAGAAAAAAAGUGCCCAUAUUUUAAAAUAAAGAAUACAAAAUA